AUGGCAACCCAGCCGCCACCACAAAGGAAACAAGUCUCUUUUGGUAGCAAGCCUCUCCAAUGGGUUGGGUUGGCUUGUUCUCAAGACGAUGCCUCGUCAAUUGGGCUGGAAUUGCAUAUUUCCCUGUUAGGGCCGUAUGUUAGUCGGCAGAUUUUUCUUUGUCAUGGAGGGUCCGAGAAAGCUUAUUGUAGCCGUAAUGAUAGCGACGCGGCAGGUUUGGAGGGAUCAAUCGAGUCUCAGAGGUUGCCGUCUGAGGGCGGAACAUAUCCUUCUGUAGCCAAACCGAAUCCACGCCGCUCCUCGUCCACUGCUGUUGCGCGCGAGGAUAUUGAGAGCAUGGUCCUACCCAAACCCAACGCCUCCGCUUCUAUUCAAAAAGGCAAACCGGUCCUUUUCUGGCACGUGGGACCGCACAAGACGUCGAGCACCGCUGUGCAGACAUUCCUGUACAAGAUGGAAAAUGUUCUCAAGCAGCGCGACAACAUAGUCAUGCCUCUGCAUCUUCCCGGAAAAUGUAGCAAGCAUAAAGCCGCCGCCAACAUUGCCUAUUGCUUGGUCGACUACGAGGAAUGGCCGAAUUCGUGGGACGAAUGCCGAGCUUGUGAAUCGCCUCGCUCUGUGGUUUCCAAUGAUUGCGGACAAGUCUUGACAGCAUUUCACCAAUUCGUAGAGAGUGCCCGAGUCAAUUCGCAAAACAUAUUACUUUCGUCCGAGGGCUUUAGCAUCUGGACCACAGCGCAGAUUCAGCGGCUCGUUAGCAAAUGCUUUUCCGAUUGGGACGUUCGAGUUAUCGUUUAUUUUCGUCAAUGGGACGAAUGGCUUGAGAGUGUAUACUUUGAGUGGAAUCGUUUCAAGUCAUUGCAGAUACGCCAUUCAUUGGUGGACUACUUUGAGGACCCUGGCACACUAUCAUGCACUGCAUUCCAGUACAGUCAUGCAAAUUUGGUAGACACAACCUUAAGUGAGUCCCCGCGACCCUACUUCCUCGGAGUAACUGGUGUCGAAAACCUCUUGGAGUCUCCAGGGUUUGUCGACAAGUUUCUUCGUGACUACGGGUUUCUCCGGCUGGGUGAGGUAUUCGAUACCAAAAGGCCCAAGGACCUCAACCCUGAUUCCGGUUGGAACGGGAAUACUCACCGGUUACUGGUACGCAGCGUUGAGCGUGGCUGUAACACUGCCACCUUGCAGAAUAUCGUUGAGAAUGAAAUUGAAUCCCUUCGCUAUGUCCUACUUCCUACCGAAGAUACAGUCAACCGUCGAUCAACUGGUUUACUUAUGGGACACGUACAGCUCCUUCGGCAUUUCUUCCGUUGGAUUGAUACCCAAAGUAACACAAAAGGUGGACCACUUGACAAUCUUGAUUUGCUCUCUCUCACAAGAGGUGAAUUCAGUUUGUACCGACAAUCCUUUACCCCCUACAUUUCGAGUCCCCCAGAAUUUUUGUGGCCUCGCGCAACUGCACUGAUGACUGCUGUUUUUCGUGACAAUUCAAAACGAGAAAAUCCAUACACUGGUAGUAUAGCUGAAGUUUUGGAGGAUGACCAUUCCCCCAACAACUGUCACACCUUGGACAAAGAUGUGGAACAAGUUAUUGAACCUAAGCAUGAAGUGCAUCAGAACGAAAUUUCGUUGUAUCCAGAGCACCAUCUCCCUUCAGUUGCUUUGGUGAACCAUCAUCUACCAGUUGACUCUGAUGGAGUUGUUGUGAGCUGCAAAAUUGUGAACAGCAUCACUGUACAAGAAUGUUUAGGGAAAGCCCAUCAGGACACUGAGCUUACCAUUCAUUCAGUUUCUUCUACAACAAGUACUCCUGUUGUGCCUACGAAAAAUUUGGUCAAUCAAGUUCUUUGUCCCAGUGUUGCAAAGAGUACUUCAUGGAUUCCUGAAACAAACAAGAGUUCUCUCCUUGUCUCUGUCAUGAAGUGUGCUUUCACCACUGGUCUACUUUGUGUUACAUUUAAUUCUGCAAGGGAAUCAGGAUGUUUUCAGAAGGGACAUACCACCAUGGUCUACAACAGCAUUCCUCCUGAUCCUGGAGAAACUCAGAUGGCAGCUAGAAGCCAAGCCACCAUUGAUUUUAACAAGUUGGUUGAUCCUCCCAUCAUGCAAAAGCUAUCUAGUUUUUGUGCAUUUGAAGCAGCUAACUUUGAAAUUGCUAUCAAGCCUGCUGCUCCAAAUUUCAUUGGCUUUCCAUACUUGGUCUCUGUUUUGCAUCUACCUAUGCAUUAUACCCAAGUAACAGCCAGUGACCUUGUUCUGCCUGAAGCUCAACCUAGUACACAGGAUGGGGAGAGUGUCAAUUCUGGUGUACUCUUGAGCACAUCUAGAAUGCUGAGCAGAGUGUCCUGUGUUCAAGUUGAAACCAUCUUUCAUUCUAGUACACAGGAUGUGGAGAUUGUCAAUCCUAGUGUACUCUUGAGGGCAUCUAGAAGAUUGAACAGAGUUCCCUGUGUUUUAUUGAGUUUGAGCGGUUCCACAUCUAGAACCUUAGUCAACUGUCCUGUCCUAACUCAGGAUGGGGAGUGCCUAGAAAGCCUAGUACAAGGAACUUCACAAAGAAUCCUUGAUCUAGACAGAGGACAUACCACCUGGCCACCACCCUCCUACCAUGGGAAGCAACAUGAUAUUACUGCAUACAAGGGAAUCCUAAGUCAAGGUGAAGUUGACACAAGAAUGCUCAAGGAUUUUGUUGCAGAUGUUUUCAAGGAUUGGGAGCCAGGAGGCUUACAUGUCUUGACAUUGAAUGAAUCUAUUGAUGUUCUGUGUGAAGAUAGUCCUGCCCUCUGUUUGACAAGUCAAGUUAAAGCUGACAAACAAAUGUUCAAGGCUUUUGUUGCAGAGGUGUUUAAGGAUUGGGAGCUAGGAGGUGUUCAUGUAGUGACAUUGAAUGACUCAACAGAUGUUCCAUGCAAACAUUGUCCUGCCAUUGGCUUUGCUAGCAAAAAUCUGCAAACCUUUGCCAACCCCAUGAUGAUUUGUGACCUAGAUUCUUACUUCAAGGCACUUGAAGGUACAGUUCACCCUGCUUACCACUAUGCAUUCCUUGUAGACCUACUCUGGAUGCUCUGGGGAGCUAGUAUUGAGGAACUCUAUAUGUGUGGCCCCACUAUGCUCAAUGCCUACAUGAGCAAUAGUCAACAAGGCAAUGUCAGUGGAGUCCCAUCCCUGGAUGCUCCUAACUAUGGGGAGCAACAUUUGGUCAGCAAAUUCAAAGCUUUUUUGCUGAUGCCUUGGGAUCCUGGAGGACCCAAGCCACUUGUGAGGACAAUUAGUAUGAAGCCAACUGUUAUGAAGGCAAGUACUAGGCAUUCCCCAGCAGCAAAGAAACAGCCUUUUAUUGGAACAUUGAAAAGCUUGGCAAACUGCUCUUUCUCUAAAGUAUCCCCUGGUCAGCCCAGCAUUUUGGAUUUAUGGAGAGAUUACAUUGACAUAGUGCUUCAAUACACAGCCAAGCUUGGACCCCAUAGGACAGUUUCAGCUUCCAGACUCAGUGAGGUUGUUGAAUGA